ACCUCGGAAUUGCCAUCAGUGGAACAAGUUGGGACAAGGCAGUCAAGAUGUCGACGAAUGAUUCUAAGGCGCCUGUGCGUUAUGUCAAACGUGUGCAGUUUGGCAUCCUUUCUCCAGAUGAAAUUCGACGUAUGUCAGUCACAGAGGGCGGUAUCCGCUACUCGGAAACGUAUGAAGGUGGUCGACCAAAGCUCGGUGGGCUGAUGGAUCCACGACAGGGUGUGAUGGACAGAAAUUCCCGAUGUCAGACCUGUGCAGGAAACCAAACUGAGUGUCCUGGACACUUUGGUCACAUAGAUCUCGCAAAGCCAGUGUUCCAUGUUGGUUUCCUUACCAAAACUAUAAAGAUUCUGCGUUGUGUUUGUUUUUAUUGUUCAAAGCUUCUCGUCAGUCCGACUAAUCCAAAGAUUAAGGAAGUUGUUAUGAAAUCAAAAGGUCAGCCAAGAAAGCGACUUACUUAUGUAUAUGACCUGUGCAAGGGAAAGAACAUUUGCGAAGGUGGUGAUGAGAUGGAUUUGAAUAAAGAUAACCCUGAUGAUCCCAACAAUCAACAGCCUCGUAAGCAAGGUCACGGAGGUUGUGGCCGAUACCAGCCAAGUAUUCGUCGCGCUGGACUUGAUUUGACUGCUGAAUGGAAGCAUGUCAAUGAAGAUUCACAAGAGAAGAAAAUCAGCUUAAGUGCAGAGAGAGUCUGGGAAAUCCUGAAACACAUAACAGAUGAAGAAUGCUUCAUUCUUGGAAUGGAUCCAAAAUUUGCAAGGCCUGACUGGAUGAUAUGUACAGUACUUCCUGUGCCACCACUUUCAGUGCGCCCUGCUGUUGUCAUGUACGGUUCUGCGAGAAACCAGGAUGAUCUCACACACAAGCUUGCUGAUAUUAUAAAAUCCAACAAUGAACUGAUGCGAAAUGAACAGGCUGGAGCUGCAGCACAUGUGAUAUCAGAAAACAUCAAAAUGUUGCAGUUCCAUGUUGCCACACUAGUCGAUAAUGAUAUGCCUGGUCUACCACGUGCAAUGCAGAAGUCCGGAAAACCUCUGAAAGCCAUAAAAGCUCGGUUAAAAGGAAAAGAAGGGAGAAUACGAGGAAAUUUGAUGGGUAAACGAGUGGAUUUUUCAGCAAGAACUGUAAUUACUCCUGACCCAAAUCUUCGUAUUGAUCAAGUUGGUGUUCCGAGGUCCAUCGCACAGAACAUGACAUUUCCUGAAAUAGUAACUCCUUUUAACAUUGACAAGAUGCAAGAAUUGGUACGUAGAGGAAAUUCGCAGUAUCCAGGUGCAAAAUACAUUGUCCGUGACAAUGGAGAACGUAUUGAUUUGCGUUUCCAUCCAAAAUCUUCAGAUCUGCAUUUGCAGUGUGGAUAUAAAGUAGAACGACAUGUCCGUGAUGGAGACUUGGUGAUUUUUAAUCGGCAACCAACUCUUCACAAAAUGUCAAUGAUGGGACAUCGUGUUAAAGUUUUACCAUGGUCAACAUUCCGUAUGAAUCUCAGUUGCACAUCACCAUACAAUGCUGAUUUCGAUGGUGAUGAAAUGAAUCUGCAUGUGCCACAGUCAAUGGAGACAAGAGCAGAGAUUGAAAAUCUCCACAUCACUCCUAGGCAAAUCAUUACUCCUCAAGCAAACAAACCAGUUAUGGGUAUUGUGCAGGACACACUCACAGCUGUGAGGAAGAUGACGAAGAGAGAUGUUUUCCUUGAAAAGGAACAAAUGAUGAAUCUUCUUAUGUUUCUUCCAAUUUGGGAUGGAAAGAUGCCACAACCAGCCAUUCUAAAGCCUAAACCUCUCUGGACAGGCAAGCAGUUGUUUUCCCUCAUAAUUCCUGGUAACGUGAACAUGAUUCGUACUCAUUCCACACAUCCUGAUGAAGAAGAUGAUGGGCCCUACAAAUGGAUAUCUCCAGGUGACACAAAGGUAAUGGUGGAGCAUGGUGAACUUGUGAUGGGCAUUCUGUGUAAGAAAACACUGGGAACCUCAGCUGGUUCUCUACUGCAUAUUUGUUUCCUAGAAUUGGGUCAUGAAGUGUGUGGUCAAUUUUAUGGAAAUAUUCAGACUGUAGUGAACAACUGGCUGCUAUUGGAAGGUCACUCAAUUGGUAUUGGAGACACCAUUGCUGAUCCUCAGACUUACACAGAAAUCCAGAAAGCAAUCAAAAAAGCUAAGGAAGAUGUAAUAGAAGUUAUUCAUAAAGCUCACAACAUGGAGCUUGAACCAACUCCUGGUAAUACUCUGCGACAGACUUUCGAGAAUCAGGUGAACAGAAUACUGAAUGAUGCUCGAGACAAAACUGGUGGUUCUGCCAAGAAGUCUCUGACAGAGUACAAUAACUUAAAAGCUAUGGUGGUUUCAGGUUCCAAAGGGUCAAACAUCAACAUCUCUCAGGUCAUUGCUUGUGUGGGACAACAAAACGUUGAAGGAAAGCGAAUACCAUUUGGUUUUCGUAAACGAACAUUACCACAUUUUAUUAAAGAUGACUACGGUCCUGAAUCCAGAGGUUUUGUUGAAAACUCAUAUCUGGCCGGUCUCACACCCUCAGAAUUUUUCUUUCAUGCUAUGGGUGGUCGAGAAGGUCUUAUUGAUACAGCUGUGAAAACUGCUGAAACAGGAUACAUCCAGCGUCGUCUGAUAAAGGCUAUGGAAAGUGUAAUGGUGCAUUAUGAUGGAACAGUACGUAAUUCUGUGGGUCAGCUCAUUCAGUUGCGUUAUGGGGAAGAUGGAUUGUGUGGCGAGACUGUGGAAUUUCAGAAUCUCCCAACCAUCAAACUCUCAAAUAAAACAUUCGAAAAGAAGUUCAAGUUUGACCCAACAAAUGAACGGCACCUGCGUCGUAUAUUCCAUGAAGAUGUCCUGCGAGAAUUAAUGGGCAGCAGUGAAGUAAUAUCUGAACUUGAGAAGGAAUGGGAGCAGCUGUGCAGAGAUCGCGAGGCUCUUAGGCAGAUAUUCCCAAGUGGAGAAAGCAAAGUUGUGUUGCCAUGCAACUUGCAGCGUAUGAUAUGGAAUGUGAAGAAAAUUUUCCAUAUAAACGAACGUGCGCCUACAGAUCUUAGUCCACUCAGAGUUAUUGAAGGUGUUAAUGACCUUUUGAAGAAGUGUGUCAUUGUAGCAGGAGAGGAUCAUCUGAGUAAACAAGCAAAUGAGAAUGCUACUUUACUAUUUCAGUGCUUAGUGAGGUCUAUACUCUGUACAAAGAGUGUUUCAGAAGAAUACAGAUUAUCUACUGAAGCAUUUGAGUGGCUAAUUGGUGAAAUAGAGACAAGAUUUCAACAGGCACAGUGUAGUCCUGGUGAAAUGGUGGGAGCUUUGGCUGCCCAAUCACUUGGAGAACCAGCCACACAAAUGACACUGAACACAUUUCACUUUGCUGGUGUAUCUUCCAAGAAUGUAACCCUGGGUGUACCAAGAUUGAAGGAAAUCAUUAACAUCAGUAAGAAACCAAAGGCUCCAUCAUUGACAGUAUUCUUAACAGGUGCAGCUGCAAGAGAUGCAGAAAAAGCAAAGAACGUUCUUUGUCGUUUGGAACAUACAACAUUGAGGAAGGUGACUGCAAAUACUGCUAUCUAUUAUGAUCCUGACCCGCAAAACACAGUCAUUGCAGAAGACCAAGAAUUUGUAAAUAUCUACUAUGAAAUGCCAGACUUUGACCCUACUAGGAUAUCACCGUGGCUACUCCGUAUAGAGCUUGAUCGUAAGAGAAUGACAGAUAAAAAGCUGACUAUGGAACAGAUAGCAGAAAAAAUAAAUGCUGGUUUUGGAGAUGAUUUGAACUGUAUAUUUAAUGAUGAUAAUGCUGAAAAAUUGGUUCUCCGCAUCAGAAUUAUGAAUAGUGAUGAAAAUAAGUUUCAGGAGGAAGGAGAAACCGUUGAUAAAAUGGAAGAUGAUAUGUUCCUCAGAUGUAUUGAGGCAAAUAUGCUGUCAGAAAUGACUCUGCAGGGUAUUGAAGCUAUUGGAAAAGUGUACAUGCAUCUUCCUCAGACUGAUUCGAAGAAAAGGAUUGUAAUUACAGAAACUGGUGAGUUCAAAGCCAUUGCUGAGUGGCUUCUGGAAACUGAUGGAACAAGUAUGAUGAAAGUACUCAGUGAGAGAGAUGUAGAUCCUGUCAGGACUUUCUCCAAUGACAUCUGUGAAAUUUUCUCUGUACUGGGUAUAGAGGCCGUGCGUAAAUCAGUUGAGAAGGAAAUGAACACAGUUCUGCAGUUCUAUGGUCUCUACGUAAACUAUCGACAUCUUGCUCUUCUGUGUGACGUGAUGACAGCUAAAGGUCAUUUGAUGGCUAUCACUCGUCACGGAAUUAACAGACAGGAUACCGGAGCGCUAAUGAGAUGUUCCUUUGAAGAAACUGUUGACGUGCUUAUGGAUGCUGCUUCACAUGCAGAAGUUGAUCCAAUGAGAGGUGUCUCAGAAAAUAUUAUUAUGGGGCAGCUGCCGCGAUUAGGCACAGGUGCAUUUGAUUUGUUACUUGAUGCUGACAAAUGCAAAGCAGGAAUAGAAAUACCAAUGAGUGUGGGAGCUGGCAUGAUGGGAGGAGCAGGAAUGUUCUUUGGUAGCGCAGCAACGCCAUCAAUGAGUCCACAAAUGACCCCAUGGAACCAAGGAACUACACCUGCAUACAACAGUGCCUGGUCACCAGUUCUUGGCAGUGGCAUGACCCCUGGAGGUCCUUGUUUCUCACCAUCAGGAGCAAGUGAUGCAAGUGGCAUGUCACCAGGCUUCUCUCCAUGGUCGCCAACGCCAGGAAGUCCAUCAUCACCAGGACCUGCAAUGAGCCCAUACCUUCCUAGUCCUGCAUCUCCCACAUAUGCUCCUUCCAGCCCAGCUUAUGCUCCAACAUCACCAAGCUUGACACCCUCCAGCCCACAUUACAGUCCAACAAGCCCUUCAUACAGCCCCACUUCUCCACACUAUUCACCAACAAGUCCUUCUUAUUCUCCAACUUCGCCUUCAUACAGUCCCACUUCUCCUUCCUACAGCCCUACAUCACCAUCCUACAGCCCAACAUCUCCAUCUUACAGUCCAACAUCUCCUUCUUAUAGCCCAACAUCACCAUCUUACAGCCCAACUUCUCCUUCCUACAGUCCAACUUCACCAUCGUACAGCCCAACUUCACCAUCUUACAGUCCAACAUCUCCUUCGUACAGCCCCACCUCUCCAUCCUAUAGCCCAACGUCUCCUUCAUAUUCUCCUACCAGCCCAUCCUAUUCACCCACAAGUCCCUCAUAUAGUCCUGCUAGUCCAAGCUACUCUCCUAGCUCUCCAAAUUACACUCCUGCUUCACCAUCAUAUUCUCCUACCAGCCCUUCGUAUUCACCAAGCUCACCCAGGUAUUCACCAACAAGUCCCAGCUAUUCCCCCAGUAGUCCCAAAUAUUCACCAACAUCUCCAUCCUACUCACCAACAUCACCCUCUUUUGCCUCAUCCCCUCAGUUCACACCUGCUUCUCCUCAGUAUUCACCAAGCUCUCCUGCUUACAGUUCCACUUCACCUUCAUACUCACCGAGUUCUCCAAAACAUACUCCCAGUGGAUCCACACGGUACUCACCGUCAUCUCCAAAUUAUUCACCUACAAGCCCUCUGUACUCACCAACAAGCCCUCAAUACUCACCUGCUGCAAGCUCAAAGUAUUCACCUACCAGUCCAACAUACACCCCUACAUCACCCAACUACAGUCCAUCAUCACCAACAUACUCACCUGGAGGGGCUCCUGGCUACUCUCCAACUUCACCAACAUAUUCACCAUCGUCUCCUUCCUAUGAGACAGAUGAUUAAAAGGUCUGCAGCAUCCAUCUGCAAAGAAACAAAUCAGAGACACUUUGUAUUGUAUUUAUAUAAUUUUAUACUGAUAGUAGAUAUUAUUAAAUUAAAUGUGAUUUUAUUGUAUUUCUGUGAUGGAAUUCCAAUCUACAUAUCCAAUGUUAUUUAACUUAAUAGUUGAAUAUUUUUUGUUGCAUUUUAUAUGCUGCAUGUCCAUGAAGACAUGUGUUUUUUACUUGAACACUCUCUAUUUUUUAUGUUUGUUAAAGUACAAUGUCAAAUAUAAAUGUAC